AUGGCAGUUGCUGACGUCAACAGCGACCCCACCAUCCUGCCACGUCAGCGCAUCCGCCUGAUCACCGGCAACAUCAGCGCCAGCACGCCAUCCAUGCUCAGCCAGCUGGCAGCCAUGGCAACAGUGCAGCAGCGGCCAGUGGCAAUCAUAGGCCCGGGGACAUCCGACCAAGCAGCUCUCAUCAGUCCACUUGCCACUGCCACCCAUACCCCCUUGGUGUCUGCAGCAGCAACAGACGUGCAGCUGACGGUGGGGGGUGCUCGGCCAUUCUUCAUGCGGACCAUCCCUAACGACGGAGUCGACAUGCAAGCCAUAGCCGGUAAGACAGCCAUAGCCGAUGAGGUGGUGUAUGCAGAUGAGGGGGUGUAUGCAGAUGAGGUGGUGUAUGCAGAUGAGGUGGUGUAUGCAGAUGAGGGGGUGUAUGCAGAUGAGGUGGUGUAUGCAGAUGAGGUGGUGUAUGCAGAUGAGGUGGUGUAUGCAGAUGAGGUGGUGUAUGCAGAUGAGGUGGUGUAUGCAGAUGAGGUGGUGUAUGCAGAUGAGGGGGUGUAUGCAGAUGAGGUGGUGUAUGCAGAUGAGGUGGUGUAUGCAGAUGAGGUGGUGUAUGCAGAUGAGGUGGUGUAUGCAGAUGAGGUGGUGUAUGCAGAUGAGGUGGUGUAUGCAGAUGAGGUGGUGUAUGCAGAUGAGGUGGUGUAUGCAGAUGAGGUGGUGUAUGCAGAUGAGGUGGUGUAUGCAGAUGAGGUGGUGUAUGCAGAUGAGGUGGUGUAUGCAGAUGAGGUGGUGUAUGCAGAUGAGGUGGUGUAUGCAGAUGAGGUGGUGUAUGCAGAUGAGGUGGUGUAUGCAGAUGAGGUGGUGUAUGCAGAUGAGGUGGUGUAUGCAGAUGAGGGGGUGUAUGCAGAUGAGGUGGUGUAUGCAGAUGAGGUGGUGUAUGCAGAUGAGGUGGUGUAUGCAGAUGAGGUGGUGUAUGCAGAUGAGGUGGUGUAUGCAGAUGAGGUGGUGUAUGCAGAUGAGGGGGUGUAUGCAGAUGAGGUGGUGUAUGCAGAUGAGGGGGUGUAUGCAGAUGAGGUGGUGUAUGCAGAUGAGGUGGUGUAUGCAGAUGAGGUGGUGUAUGCAGAUGAGGUGGUGUAUGCAGAUGAGGUGGUGUAUGCAGAUGAGGUGGUGUAUGCAGAUGAGGUGGUGUAUGCAGAUGAGGUGGUGUAUGCAGAUGAGGGGGUGUAUGCAGAAGAGGUGGUGUAUGCAGAUGAGGUGGUGUAUGCAGAUGAGGGGGUGUAUGCAGAUGAGGUGGUGUAUGCAGAUGAGGUGGUGUAUGCAGAUGAGGUGGUGUAUGCAGAUGAGGUGGUGUAUGCAGAUGAGGUGGUGUAUGCAGAUGAGGUGGUGUAUGCAGAUGAGGGGGUGUAUGCAGAUGAGGGGGUGUAUGCAGAUGAGGUGGUGUAUGCAGAUGAGGUGGUGUAUGCAGAUGAGGUGGUGUAUGCAGAUGAGGUGGUGUAUGCAGAUGAGGUGGUGUAUGCAGAUGAGGUGGUGUAUGCAGAUGAGGGGGUGUAUGCAGAUGAGGUGGUGUAUGCAGAUGAGGGGGUGUAUGCAGAUGAGGUGGUGUAUGCAGAUGAGGUGGUGUAUGCAGAUGAGGUGGUGUAUGCAGAUGAGGUGGUGUAUGCAGAUGAGGUGGUGUAUGCAGAUGAGGUGGUGUAUGCAGAUGAGGUGGUGUAUGCAGAUGAGGUGGUGUAUGCAGAUGAGGUGGUGUAUGCAGAUGAGGUGGUGUAUGCAGAUGAGGUGGUGUAUGCAGAUGAGGUGGUGUAUGCAGAUGAGGUGGUGUAUGCAGAUGAGGUGGUGUAUGCAGAUGAGGUGGUGUAUGCAGAUGAGGGGGUGUAUGCAGAUGAGGUGGUGUAUGCAGAUGAGGUGGUGUAUGCAGAUGAGGUGGUGUAUGCAGAUGAGGUGGUGUAUGCAGAUGAGGUGGUGUAUGCAGAUGAGGUGGUGUAUGCAGAUGAGGUGGUGUAUGCAGAUGAGGUGGUGUAUGCAGAUGAGGUGGUGUAUGCAGAUGAGGUGGUGUAUGCAGAUGAGGUGGUGUAUGCAGAUGAGGUGGUGUAUGCAGAUGAGGUGGUGUAUGCAGAUGAGGUGGUGUAUGCAGAUGAGGUGGUGUAUGCAGAUGAGGUGGUGUAUGCAGAUGAGGUGGUGUAUGCAGAUGAGGGGGUGUAUGCAGAUGAGGUGGUGUAUGCAGAUGAGGGGGUGUAUGCAGAUGAGGUGGUGUAUGCAGAUGAGGUGGUGUAUGCAGAUGAGGUGGUGUAUGCAGAUGAGGUGGUGUAUGCAGAUGAGGUGGUGUAUGCAGAUGAGGGGGUGUAUGCAGAUGAGGUGGUGUAUGCAGAUGAGGUGGUGUAUGCAGAUGAGGGGGUGUAUGCAGAUGAGGUGGUGUAUGCAGAUGAGGUGGUGUAUGCAGAUGAGGUGGUGUAUGCAGAUGAGGUGGUGUAUGCAGAUGAGGUGGUGUAUGCAGAUGAGGGGGUGUAUGCAGAUGAGGUGGUGUAUGCAGAUGAGGGGGUGUAUGCAGAUGAGGUGGUGUAUGCAGAUGAGGUGGUGUAUGCAGAUGAGGUGGUGUAUGCAGAUGAGGUGGUGUAUGCAGAUGAGGUGGUGUAUGCAGAUGAGGGGGUGUAUGCAGAUGAGGUGGUGUAUGCAGAUGAGGUGGUGUAUGCAGAUGAGGUGGUGUAUGCAGAUGAGGUGGUGUAUGCAGAUGAGGUGGUGUAUGCAGAUGAGGUGGUGUAUGCAGAUGAGGUGGUGUAUGCAGAUGAGGUGGUGUAUGCAGAUGAGGUGGUGUAUGCAGAUGAGGUGGUGUAUGCAGAUGAGGUGGUGUAUGCAGAUGAGGUGGUGUAUGCAGAUGAGGUGGUGUAUGCAGAUGAGGUGGUGUAUGCAGAUGAGGUGGUGUAUGCAGAUGAGGUGGUGUAUGCAGAUGAGGUGGUGUAUGCAGAUGAGGUGGUGUAUGCAGAUGAGGUGGUGUAUGCAGAUGAGGUGGUGUAUGCAGAUGAGGUGGUGUAUGCAGAUGAGGUGGUGUAUGCAGAUGAGGUGGUGUAUGCAGAUGAGGUGGUGUAUGCAGAUGAGGUGGUGUAUGCAGAUGAGGUGGUGUAUGCAGAUGAGGUGGUGUAUGCAGAUGAGGUGGUGUAUGCAGAUGAGGUGGUGUAUGCAGAUGAGGUGGUGUAUGCAGAUGAGGUGGUGUAUGCAGAUGAGGUGGUGUAUGCAGAUGAGGUGGUGUAUGCAGAUGAGGUGGUGUAUGCAGAUGAGGUGGUGUAUGCAGAUGAGGUGGUGUAUGCAGAUGAGGUGGUGUAUGCAGAUGAGGUGGUGUAUGCAGAUGAGGUGGUGUAUGCAGAUGAGGUGGUGUAUGCAGAUGAGGUGGUGUAUGCAGAUGAGGUGGUGUAUGCAGAUGAGGUGGUGUAUGCAGAUGAGGUGGUGUAUGCAGAUGAGGUGGUGUAUGCAGAUGAGGUGGUGUAUGCAGAUGAGGUGGUGUAUGCAGAUGAGGUGGUGUAUGCAGAUGAGGUGGUGUAUGCAGAUGAGGUGGUGUAUGCAGAUGAGGUGGUGUAUGCAGAUGAGGUGGUGUAUGCAGAUGAGGUGGUGUAUGCAGAUGAGGUGGUGUAUGCAGAUGAGGUGGUGUAUGCAGAUGAGGUGGUGUAUGCAGAUGAGGUGGUGUAUGCAGAUGAGGUGGUGUAUGCAGAUGAGGUGGUGUAUGCAGAUGAGGUGGUGUAUGCAGAUGAGGUGGUGUAUGCAGAUGAGGUGGUGUAUGCAGAUGAGGUGGUGUAUGCAGAUGAGGUGGUGUAUGCAGAUGAGGUGGUGUAUGCAGAUGAGGUGGUGUAUGCAGAUGAGGUGGUGUAUGCAGAUGAGGUGGUGUAUGCAGAUGAGGUGGUGUAUGCAGAUGAGGUGGUGUAUGCAGAUGAGGUGGUGUAUGCAGAUGAGGUGGUGUAUGCAGAUGAGGUGGUGUAUGCAGAUGAGGUGGUGUAUGCAGAUGAGGUGGUGUAUGCAGAUGAGGUGGUGUAUGCAGAUGAGGUGGUGUAUGCAGAUGAGGUGGUGUAUGCAGAUGAGGUGGUGUAUGCAGAUGAGGUGGUGUAUGCAGAUGAGGUGGUGUAUGCAGAUGAGGUGGUGUAUGCAGAUGAGGUGGUGUAUGCAGAUGAGGUGGUGUAUGCAGAUGAGGUGGUGUAUGCAGAUGAGGUGGUGUAUGCAGAUGAGGUGGUGUAUGCAGAUGAGGUGGUGUAUGCAGAUGAGGUGGUGUAUGCAGAUGAGGUGGUGUAUGCAGAUGAGGUGGUGUAUGCAGAUGAGGUGGUGUAUGCAGAUGAGGUGGUGUAUGCAGAUGAGGUGGUGUAUGCAGAUGAGGUGGUGUAUGCAGAUGAGGUGGUGUAUGCAGAUGAGGUGGUGUAUGCAGAUGAGGUGGUGUAUGCAGAUGAGGUGGUGUAUGCAGAUGAGGUGGUGUAUGCAGAUGAGGUGGUGUAUGCAGAUGAGGUGGUGUAUGCAGAUGAGGUGGUGUAUGCAGAUGAGGUGGUGUAUGCAGAUGAGGUGGUGUAUGCAGAUGAGGUGGUGUAUGCAGAUGAGGUGGUGUAUGCAGAUGAGGUGGUGUAUGCAGAUGAGGUGGUGUAUGCAGAUGAGGUGGUGUAUGCAGAUGAGGUGGUGUAUGCAGAUGAGGUGGUGUAUGCAGAUGAGGUGGUGUAUGCAGAUGAGGUGGUGUAUGCAGAUGAGGUGGUGUAUGCAGAUGAGGUGGUGUAUGCAGAUGAGGUGGUGUAUGCAGAUGAGGUGGUGUAUGCAGAUGAGGUGGUGUAUGCAGAUGAGGUGGUGUAUGCAGAUGAGGUGGUGUAUGCAGAUGAGGUGGUGUAUGCAGAUGAGGUGGUGUAUGCAGAUGUGCUGGCGGUGACCCCUGUUUUCUCUCUCCUGUUUUCUCUCCCCUGUUUUCUCUCUCCUGUUUUCUCUCUCCUGUUUUCUCUCACCUGUUUUCUCUCUCCUGUUUUCUCUCUCCUGUUUUCUCUCUCCUGCUUUCUCUCUCCUGUUUUCUCUCUCCUGCUUCAUGCUGGCAGCGCUGCUGCUGCGCUACAAGUGGAGGCAGUUCGUGGCAGUCUACACGGACAACCGCUUUGGCCGCAACGGCAUCACCGCACUCAUGACCUACCUCCUCGAAACAAAGCUGAUGACGUGGCACAGGCCCUCGCUGCCAGCAAGGCAGUGGACUCUUCGGUUUAUGUGCUACACGCCUCCUCUACCAUGUCUGCUCUCAUACUCAAUACAGCGAGCAAGCUGGGCAUGAUAGGGAAGAACUACUUGUGGAUCGCAUCAGAGGGGAUUUAUAUUCCUCCCGCCUAUCCUUGCCUCUUUCACUCCACCCCUAUUCCAGCGAGCAAGCUGGGCAUGAUAGGGAAGAACUACGUGUGGAUCGCAUCAGAGGGGGCUGCUCAAGCCAACACCUCCACACUGCAGAGUGCAGAGGGUCUGAUAAUCACAGCAUCCUAUCACCCGCCAUCGCAGCGCCUGUUGGCCUUCAAGCAGCGGUGGAAGCAGCUGAGUCCACAGCAGUUCCCAGGGGCAGCUGAAGAGGACCCUAAGACCUACAGCCUUGCAGCCUACGAUGCUGCUUACCUCAUCUCCCUCGCCCUGCACUCCCUGCUGCAACACAACAGAACCACCGCCAGCAGGCAAGGGGCCGAGGCGGGUGGUGGGCUCAUUCCGCUGCUGCAGAACCUGCAGCGAAACUCAGUGGGCCCGGCACUCCGUCAAGCCAUCCUCAACACAACCUUCGAAGGCCUCACAGGAAGGGUCUCCCUCAACCCACACGGUGAUCUGCAAGCCGAUGUCAUCGAGGUGCUCAACGUGGUGAACGCUACGGCCACGAGGGUUGGCUUCUGGACUCCCGCCUGGCAGCUCACGCGCUCUUUAAAGCUCAAUGUGGUGAACGCUACGGCCACGAGGGUUGGCUUCUGGACGCCUGCCUGGCAGCUCACGCGCUCUCUAAAGCGGCCAUCCAAGAACCAGCAAGAGGCACUCAACAUAGUGUUUCCGGGUGGGGUGACACAAGUCUACAAGCAGUUUGUCAACAUCUCCAAGGGAGAGGACAAAGAGCGCUUCUCAGGGUUCUGCAUCGACGUUUUCCACGCAGCUGUGGCCAUGCUGCCGUACCCGCUCGACUAUGAGUUUGUGCAGUAUGGCGAGGAGAACGUCUCCCCCAGCUACAACCAGAUGGUGCUGGCUGUGGCGGACAAGGUGGGUGCCGGCUGUAGCAGGCAAGGUCUGGGGAUAAUGGGGUACGCAAAGGAGAAUUCAAGUCCCUGGCUGGCGUUCCAGCCGUUCACAGCGAGCAUGUGGGGAGUGACUAUGGCGCUGUGCGUGCUAGCAGGGCUCAUCACCUCGUUCCUGGACGAGCAGUCUAAUGAGGCCUUCCGAGAGAAACUGCAUCAGCGCCUGCAGAACGCCGCGUGGUUCGGCCUGCAAACGCUCUACGCCAUCCUGGAGUACCCUGUUCGCACCUCCCUCGCCCGGCUCUUUGUCAUCGUGUUUCUCAUCAUCGGCUACCUUAUAGUCACCAUGUACACGGCGAACCUCACGUCUAUUGUCACAGUCGACCGGCUCAAACCCUCCGCAAUGACCUUUCGAAGCCUGCCUCAUCCCAUCCCACCGCAUCCCACACGGCCCCACCACCAGGACAUUGGUUCCGCCGCCUCGACCUCAUCCCCCAUUGGCUACCAGCUGGGGUCAUUCGUCAAUGCGUACCUGCAGCAGAUGGGCAUUCCUGCGAACCGUCUGGUGGCACUCAAUAACGAGGAUGAGUAUGCACAGGCGCUGACCUCCGGCCGGGUGGGGGUGAUAGUGGAUGAGAACCCCUACCUCGAGCUCUUCUCCCUCGACUUCUGUGACGUCGCCCUCGCGCCUCAGCCCUUCUCGCUGCUGAACCUUGCGUUUGUAAGCACUCUUUGCAAUGCCUUCCCCAAGGGCUCUCAGCUGGGCUUGGACGUCUCACAGGCGAUAGUGCAGCUGUCAAUGUCCGGCAAGCUGCAGCAGCUGCGGGAGAAACACUUCACUGGGAUCAACGGCUCUUGCACCCAACCCAGCAGCAGCAGCAGCAACAGCCGCAGCGGUAUAUCCUCCUCUUCCUCCUCCUCCUCCUCCUCCUCCUCCUCCUCCUCCUCCUCCUCCUCCUCCUCCUCCUCCUCGAUUUCCUCGCUGGCGGCAGACUCAGCAGUGCAGCUGUCGAUGCAGAAGUUCCUUGGGCUGUAUAUCAUCUUUGGUGCUGUGUCGUUGGGCUGCUGCGUGCUCUACGUGUUGCUCCUCAUUCACCGCGGUUACCGCGCCAGCAGAGAGGCUGCGCGCCUGCAGGACGCUCAGAACCAAGCUGAGAUCCAACGGCUCGUGUUUGAUCAUCAUCCGUUGCACACAGGAUCUGACGGCCCGGAUGGAGCCGAUCCCACAUGGGCAGUUCCAGGUGGGGGGGUGGCAUUGAGAAGGCACGAGUGGGCAGGAGGUGGCAACUGGGGUGGGGAGCAUUCGGAACGGGAAGACCUGUUUGUGUUUGGUAGUAUUGCUGCCACACUCAGUGGCAGGGGUAGCAGCAGUGGCAGCGGGGGUAUUGAGACGGGUCGGAAAGGAAUUGGUGGGAGUAGUAGUAGCAGCAGUGACAGAAGAGUGGAAGAGUCUCAGAGUAGCUUUGGCAAAGCGAACAGCAGCAGCGGGUGCAGUGUCCCUUUUGUUGCAGUGGGUCAGCCAAGCUUGACACGGGUUGCUGAGGAGGGAGAAGAUGCGGAGGAGGAGGUGGAGGAGGAGGAGAAGGUGGAGGAGGGUGAGGAUGAGCAAGGGAGGGAGUUAGCUGUGAGGAGCCGGGGAGGAGAGGAAGGUGAAGGAGAGGGAGCAGAGGGGGUAAGUGCUUGGCUGUGGAAGAGGAGAGAGCGAGGAGUAGGGGCGUUCGAGCAGGGGUUGGAGGGAUUGGAGUCCAGGAGGCUGCUGGAAGAGGAGUGGGCAGAGAGAUCUGACGUGGAGGCAGAGGGAGGAAGGGAAGACGGAUGGAGUGGUGGGGUAAGGGGAGGGGGAGAGGAGAGGAGGGAGGGCAGGGACGAAGGGCACCUGACUGCUCCAUCGAUCCCCAAACCAAUAUCAGCAUCUCAAUCCGCUCCUCGCCUCGGUUCAAACUCAGACCGCCUUGUUCGUAGCCGCCUGCCUUCCCCACCCUUCCACCUCAUGCCAAACCAGCACAACAGCAGUACACCAGCAUCUCAGCGUAACUCCGAUGGAGCUUUCCUCUCUUGCCCUCCGGAGAGCAUCAGCACGUCUUUUGAGGCGCCUCAAAAGAGCCAUAGCAGUGAUUGGGCGUGCACAGGAGAGCAGGACUGCAGACCGAUGCUCUCAGCGUUCCAUCAUUCCACCUCCUUCAAGGCUGUAUCUCUGCCUGCCUCUCCCUCCGCUUCCCCCUCCGUCUCUCCCUCUGCAUGUCCCACGGCAACUGGUGCUUCCACAUCAGCUUCUACUUCGUUCCUCUCUGUGCCAUCGUCUCUCCUCUCAGCAUCACCCUCUUCCCUAGCCGCUGCAGCACCAGCUGCAGCAAAAGCCCUGGGCACAGCCGUGCGUGCCGAACCUGGGUCAAAAACACCAGGCAGGGGUGUGCGAGUUGACGCGGGACUCAAAGCACUGAGCAAGAGCAUGGGGGCCGACACGGGGUUGAAAGCGGUGACAACGCUGAGCAAAUCGGUGGUGUCGGGUUCACAGAAGGGCCUGCUGUCGCUUCAGCAGACGGUUAACACCCUUGUUGAUAAGUACAACAGGGGGCAGCAGUGGAGCAAGGACAGGAACCUGACAGGCAGCUCACACGCAGCACAAUCUGCAGCAGCACCACAUGCAGCACCGGUUGCAGCAGCACAUGCAGCACCAGUUGCAGCAGCACAGGCGGCAGGACAGAGCAGGCGAAGAGGAGGCUCCCCCUCCUCCUCCCUGGGUCCUCCUCAGCUCUCUCCUGGAUUCAACGUGUCGAGCCAAGGGCUGCGGACAGCAGGGCAGCAGCAGCAUCGCAGAACCUCCUCCGCUGGGGAUGUAAAUAUGAUCCACAACAACGCCAAUCGCGUCUCGCCACGUCAGCGCCUCGCCCGAUCACCCGAUGACCGCUCUCCCUUACACCUCUCACUCCGUGGCAGCUCUCAGCAGCAGCAGGGCCGUGUGAUCCAGCCCAGCAUCGAGCAGCAGAGUCCCCGCGUUCUCUCCCAGCAGAUGCAUGCCGCACACAGCAGCAAGCGGCAGACCUCUGGCCCUAACAGCAGCGGCAGGAGUUGGAGAAGCAGCGCGGAGACAGCCAGACAGCUGCGGGCAGCAGUGACUUCUGAGGCGCCUCAAGGAGCGUCUGGGUUUACCAGGGGUGGCAGGAGCUGGAGGAGCAAUGCAGAGACAGUGAGGCAGCUGCGGAUGGUGGGAGGGGAGGGCAGGCAGCAGCAUGUGCCGUGGAGCAGGAGGGUGGGCCAAGAGGUGCCUCACAGGCCGUGGCACAGGAGAGCUGCUUCGGGCGAUGCUGGUUCUGCUCCAAACUUCUUUGACAGGUGCGUGCACUGA